AUGUCGCUCAAUUUCGUUGCCUUCAAGAACUGCAGGAGGGCUCUUGUGGCUUUCUACUUUGCAGAUGGCGGUGGCCGAGGCAGGAACAGCUUGCCCACCGGCCAGCAACCGGUUUCGCACGGCUCCCGGGGUCCCGGUAGGCUCCUGCUCCUUCCAGGAGGUAGCAUGGCCCGUGGCCUGAGCCCUGCCGAGUACGACCAUCUCCUGCGGAGCCCCAACGUACGGAACGUCACUACGCAGCUAGGACAGACCAUGUAUCUGCACUGCAUCGUGGACUCGGCUUCGGACCGAAUGAAGGCGCACCGACAAAUUGUGUCGUGGAUCCGACUUCGAGACUUUCAUCUGCUGACCGUGGGACUGACGCGGUACACGUCGGACGAGCGGUUCCAGACGGUGCACAUGCAGUUCUCGAACAACUGGGCGCUGCAAAUACGCGACGCGCAGCUCAGGGACGCCGGCCUUUACGAGUGCUUGGUCAACUCGGACCCGCCACUUCGACAGGUCGUCUCUCUGCGUGUUGUCAUACCCAAGGCCAGCAUCCUAGGCGGCCCUGACUUGCACGUCGAGGCUGGCUCGGCUCUCAACCUGACGUGCAGCAUCAGCGAGAGCCCCGAGGCGCCGGCGUUCGUCUUCUGGUACCAUCAGGGACGCCUGAUCAACUUCGAGCGCGGCGGCCGCGUCAGCGUGGCCAAGGGCCCCAACGGCACGGCCGUGUCGCGCCUCCUGCUGCCAGCCGUGGACGCCGUGGACUCGGGCAACUACACUUGCAAGCCUGCCAACGCCAACGCCACCUGGGUGCUCGUUCACGUUCUCGAGAGCCACCGGCGGCUGGCCGCCGUGCAGAACGACGCCGGCGGCAUGGCGCUCACAGCGGCCGCGACGCCGCACUGCGCAGCCGCCUGCUCGCUGCUGCCGCUGCUCGUGUCGCUGCUUGUGCAGUGGCUGCUGGCGUGCGCCCACCACUGCGGUUCCAGGUGACCAGCCGCGGUGGAAACGCAGACUCUGUAAAUAACGCGGUUCGCGGCAUACCACGCCCGGUGCCCGCUCGUCAGCAGAUUCCGGUCCUUCUAGCAGGCUGGAACCGAGGGGCUGGUUGUUCACAGUCGCACCUGAACCCAGGAGUCGAGAGAGGAAUACAAGGACAGUCACUGAACGGGGUGCAAACCACCUACGAGGACCAUAGGCAGGCUGUCAACACCUAGCGCUUCGUCGUGUUACCCGUGUCGCAAAAAAAAAACCGAAAACAAAAAAGAACCUGGCGUUGCGGUCACCAAGAGCUGCGCUAUCGCAGCGGCAGUAGCAGCGCCCUAUGAAGCUAUCGACGAACGCUGCGGAGAUGUCGCCGGCCUGCCUCAGUCAGCACGGUCGACCGACGAGCAUGACCGCACUCCUCUUGUCAACCCCCUCGUGUGCGUUGUGUGUCUGUGUUGUUUCGCUUCGUUUUGGCAUUGUUCUCAUUUCGUUCGUAACUAUACGUACGCUUGUGUCAACGGGUGUUGUGAACGCGCACAAUCGCUCAAGCGCAAGAACAUUUGCGUCCUCGCUACUCAGGCACCGUCGAUCACGUGCGACAGACGCCAGGAACUGUGUACGUACUGCCGUGUGCUUCGAUCUUCGCGAGCCCCCGCAGUGGAGCAAGAUGGACAUCGAACAUAGAGACACUUCGAUGUACACAUCUUCGCGUUGUACAUAUUGUAGAGAUCACGACUAUCUUGUUGUUGAUGCUACCGCUCUCAAAUGAUCUGUUCUCGUGCGCUUAUCAUGCGUUUUGUUGACAGCUGCUGAGUGUUCGCAGGAAGUAAUAGAGCAUAUAGGAUGUGUGGCCUAAUGUUGUUCAGCGUGUAUUUUGUGCCCGGCCAACGGGAUUCUGUGAGAGUGUGUGCAUUGGUGGCGCAUCAUUUCGUGUUGUUCCGAAUGCGCUCGCGAUGUUUCCGUUGUUCGGCUGUAUAUUUGUGUUUGCGUGAUUCGGAAGAUCAUCGUCUAGCUGGUUGAAUAUACGCCCGGAACUGAAGUGUGAUGCUUCGUGCACACGAUGUAACGCUGGGCGUCACUGUGACAUCGUUUCAGAUUUUAGUGCUAUCUUUAGCGACGCGUGACCCACCGUUGGAGGAAAAAAAGAAGACUCGUCGUGCCGUGUUGACAGACACUUGUGAUAGUGAAGAUGGCAUGCAAUUCGAAUAAUAUUUCGAUGGAGGGCGACGCUAAGUUUCGUUAAGUACAGCGAACGUCGAAGUUGCGUUGCUCGGUGAUGCUUCGCCGGAAGGCGUAACGGCGAAAAGUCCUUCGCACAAAAAUGGCCGGCGCUUAUAUGGGCCGUAUAAUGCUUUCAAGCUACGAUUAUUUUUUUAUUAAGCACACUACUUGGCUAGAGACAUGAUCAAAGUUGAAUCACUGCUUUCUGCAAGUAUGCUGGAAUAAGGUGACUCUCGCUGGCCGCAGUAUUACCAGAGUACGCUGGAGCAUUAUUUUGCUAGUACUACUACCUCCUUAUUUCACUGUGUGACUCUGAGCUGAAGCGUCACUGAUAGGGUAUUCACCUGUGAAGCCGUCAGAGGGACCCGGUACACAUUCGCUACAGGCCAAAAGAGUAGUCGUAUGUGGCAUUCGAGCGCUGUUUUGGUGCUCUCAAACGUGCGUAUAUUACACAACCUUCUUGACCCGUUAUAGGUAAAGGCAAAAUCUAAGAAACAAAAAAUAGGGGGGGGGGGGAAUAGAGGAGGGUAGAUUAAUCAUGGGACAAGUAAAGGAAAAUUGCAUUUGGAUGGAAACGACAUUGUUUUUUAACGCGCUCCGAAUCUUUUCCUUGAUACGCUACUCAACGUGUCCCAAAUCAGUUGAAUGCUAAACCGAAUUCUCACUAGUCUAGCCUUUGUAAGGAACUCCGAUGGGAACCCGUCAGCGAGGAAUCUUGUGCGAAGAAUGAUUGAGCAGAGUAAGCAAUGACUAGUAUCACCAGGUAUCUCCUCUUAUCGGAAAUGGAUAUGCGGGCUUCACAACAGGGCCUAUGAAGUUUACCGAUGGGAGGCGUGCUGCGUGUUGAAUUUGUCGCUUUUAGUUCUAGCUCUCAAUUAGAGCACAUCUGCAUGCAACGUAAAUCAUAGCCCGUUUGGAAACAUUCUUUUCAAUGUUAUCGACGCGGUCUGUGGUCAUGCAUAACGUAUUAGUUGCAUUUCGCUAUUUCUUGUCUUUAUUUAUUAAUUCUUUUUUUUUCUGAGCAAUUAUAAGGCUCCCACGUGUGCACGAAGCCAAGCAUUUUGGUUUUAUUUUGACGACUUCAUGGUUGUUACAACUGUACACGUAUAUUGUUUUAACUUUUAACAUGGUGGCCCGCCAGCGAGGUAAUUCCUUGUUUUAAGGCUUCUAAGACAAGUGCCAGAAUGAAAUAUAUGUGUAUUUUUUUUGUUGUUUCCAGGAGCAUUACUUCAGUCGCAUUUCGUCAGGGUUGUGCGUCGUAGCCACUAUUCUCGCAGUGCACAAGGUUUACCGUGAAUGCUACGUGUAAAUGAAAUGAACGCAAAGUGUGUUUGAGUCAGGCGCUGAGAAAGAGCUUCCAAAAUGUGGAGUUAUGAACUAAAUAACCGAAAAUGAGUUGAAGCGUCUUGUCUUCUUGUAUCAUGUCUCAAGGCUGAAUUAUGGAGUGAAAAAGAAAAAUUCCAACGGGGUCUGUGUUCACGCAUGAUUCCUAAGCCUUUAAGGUUAUCACUAUAGGCGAGCGUACUUACAUUCCGUAUGAAAGCUUCAGCCGACUCAUUGGUGCAAAAGUAUGCUCGGGGUCGUGAACACUGUUAGCUGCUUUACUGUUUCAUCGCCAGAGUCAUCGAAUACACUAUUUCGGUAAACAUUUUAGAAGUAUGGUUACACGAGAAAUCAUCGUAGGUUUUUAUUGACAUAUUUAUUGACAUUUGCUGGAUAUAUACUUAAUUUCUAUUUCUCUGAGCUCCCGUCUCAAAGCUAUUGGACCUUCUAAUCCGAGUGCUGCGUGCGCAAAGAUAUAGUGCGCCAAAAAAAAAAAAUGCAAACGCUACAGUACCACUAGUUCGCUGUUUGAGCAUUGUUUGAAAACUUCCUUUUUUGUGAGCCUCUAGGAAGUCAUCUGCAUUAAGGAUAAUGUCCUUACCGUAGCCUAAGAGUCAUGCUAUUUCCGUAAAUUUGCUUUUACCGCAAAAAUUUGGUUUACCGUAAGGGUAUAUGGCGCAGCGCACUUUCCGUCACCGGUGUUUCCGCUUGUGCAGCUUACACGGCAUGCCUUGUGCACUUAGCGUUGUUUCGGGAAUGUACGGGUAAGCCAGCGACGUUCGGGUCAUGGUUUCUAGUCCACGAUUUGUGUUUUGUUUGUUUUUAUAGCAAUUUUCGUUAACCGUUCGCGUCCGCCUCUUUCUGCUAGCCGGAACAUGUGUUUGUCGUCAACGGCGUCACCGAAAAACUUUAAUGUUUGAGUCAGGGGAUUUGUUCCUAGUGUUGUCUUCUUCAAGUACAUUGUAGUAUGUUCGUAUUCUUUUUUUUUUUGCGUCCUUCAUUUGCAUAUGAUAUUUUCAUUUUCCGCAUCUUCGUGCGGGUCACGUAAGCUAGUCGUUUACUUUUUCUUGCCUGUGGCGUCUUUUUUACCCUGUUUAAUUUUUAUCGUCCCUUGCAAUAUUGUUACCGAAGCGACGUGAUUUUCAGUUUUAAGCCAAAGUUUGGUAUCUGCAAACAUCCCGAGCUCUGUAAAAUGUUCUCACGAUAGGUUCAUGUCAGUUGGGAGUAGGUAUACUUAUAUCUACGGGCCGUUCAUUCUUUAGUAUAAGAUAUUCUUUUUGCCGAAAAAAAAAGUUCUAAGAAGGAGUGAAUGUCAUUACUGUUUUGCGUGUUGUGCAUUCUUAUACUUCGCAUCUACUUAGCAUUUCGUUCCUACUUCACGACUGUAUUUUGUGUACGUCUCAAGUUAUUCAUUCGAUCACUAUUUAUAGAACAUUUUACUUCACCGGCGCUAUCGAAACAUCGUCACCCCUAGUGCGGGGGCGCAGGUAAUGCGUGAAACAUCACUAAAGGGACACUAGGGAGAAGUACGAAGUCCAAACUGUUAAAGUUUUUUUAAAGCAUUGUUUUAGUCACACGACCGAAAAAUUGUUGAUAGAUGUAACAGAAUAUGAAGGCAAAACUUUGUUUCCUGCAAUUUCGCGCAAUUGCAACCUUGGUGUCUAUCAGUCAAAGUUUUGUCACGGAUUUCAAAAUAUCUUCCCGUAUCCUGGCCGGCUUUGACUUUUGAAAUGUUCUAAAAACUUGCUAAAAUGACUGUUUUGUUCAAUUGGUCCCCCUUCACAGGUAAGCAGUUAAGCUGACUGGCGCUGUCUAAAUUCGAAACGUCAUGCGGCCUCGGUGCGGUAGCUAUACCCUGCGUCAGUGCAAUCAGCGUUUUGUUUUGCGUGGAAAAACGUAAUUUAUUAGCACAUUUCAACUUGACAAUAAUCUUUAGUGUCCCUCUAAGGAAGCUCACGUGACGACCCGCACUCGUUUAUCACGUGUUCAUGUUUGCCAUGUAGCGGGCCUCAUGCUCACUCAUCGGUUUUUUAACGAACUCGCGUAGCCUUUGGCAGCAACAAAAUAACCCCAAAGCCAUUUUGAUUUGAUUGUUGGAUUCUAUUUUAUCUCUGGAACAUUUCAGCAUGCGCCUGCCAAAAUUUCUUAUGUAACAAUUUGUCUUGACAAGCGGCCACCCUGAUGCAUCAAAUAGUGCUUGUUUUCGUGAAAUGUUUAAGAAGUUAGCUAUUUUUGAAAUAAAAAUAAAAGGCUAUUGUAAUCAAACACGCGCUGCAAACGCGAGGUGUUACAGAAGAAAGACGAACGUAACGCUUAUUUACGAUUUAAGUGUUGGUAAUGCAGAUGCAUGAUGCGCGACAUGUGAUUAUUAAGACGAUUGCGAUUUACAGGCAGGUGAGCACCGCAUCAAUAAUUCAUGCUGCACUUGGCACGAGAUUUGUGAGUCGUAUUAGCCUAGCGAACUGUCAGAAGCUUAUUAAAAAAAAACAAAAAAAAAAAAACGUGGCUCUCACUUGUAAUCUGCGUAUUAUGGCUGUGAAGAAGAAGCUCUCAAGAAUUAUAUUUGUUUUAUCGUUCAGUAUUUGUUUACGUGCGGGAACGCCCUUGAAGUCUGAUGUCUUUCCGUUUCCAUGGACGCGCGUCCGCCCGGAAGGAUCUGCCGUGGGUGACGCCGUGUAUUGCCUCGGAGAUUGGCACCCACAGGUGGCUGAAUAUCGGAGGCCACGUUGCCUACGGCUGCGUGGUGGGUCACAUUACGGAUCUACUCAGGUGGCAACGUCAAAAGAAGGAAAAGCCAGAUGACCUGCGGCGGAGCAGGUCAUCUGGAGAGUACUUUGCUGUUGCAGGUCACUUUGCAAAGAAAAGAAAUGUGAAGAAACAUGUAGGAAGAACGUUCACGGCUUGCCACCCGUAUAAGUGCUUUCUGUCAUGCUUUGAUGCGGUGCCACCUGCCGCAAAUUUUUAAUACUCAUUGUCAGGAACCGAACAAGAGGGCCACGACGCCGCGUGGUGGUCCACAUU